AUGCUUCUUAUGCACCAUGCAUUUCACUCUGAAGUUCCAUCACCCCCACAACUUAUCUGCAAAAGGAUCUUCGUAGUGGGUAGAGGAAGGCUUUUCCCCAUUUCCCUGCAGUUUUUAAACCUUCAACAAAUUUGGCAAUCUCAUUCUCUUGAACCCUUUCCCUGGGGAAUAUGUACAUAUAACACCAGUCUACAUGUAAUUUUAUUUGGGUUUGUGGACCCCAAGUUAAGGAACCCCUGUGCCAGAGAUUUGAGGAGUGCAAUUACCCUGAGGAAAUACAGGGCAGCUGAAGGUGAUGGGCAGAGGGAACAGUCUCAAUUUCUUACUAUUUUGAUUUGCGGGCAGAAAUUCCCAGGGUCUUUCAAGAAUCGCUAUCUGCGCAGUUUAGGAGCUGAGAAUAGCGGCUGUACAGGAAAUAUGUGCAGGGUUCCCGCUCAGCCCCCAAGGAGUUAA